UGUCCAACAGGAUUGCUGGGGCGCACUUCUUCGUCCUUCUUCUGACCAAAAGCCUUUGAGGAUUGCUCUUUCCUUUGCAAGCCACACAAAGGUCACACCAAUCACGAUAAGGCAGGAAUACGAGUGAGUCCGCGAAGCUCUCUUUCUUCUUGGGAAGGUUGCCUUGGUGCACGAACAGCCACAAGUCCUUUAUGCCGAUUCUGUUCUUUGAAGAGGCGGUUGGCAGCAAUGGACAUAUCUCGUGGUUCCACCUUAUGACCUUCACGCCCAAGGCCAAGCAAGGAACUCGGCUUCUUCACGAGGUCCUUACCAUCGUUGAUCAACUUCAUCUGCAGAUUAGGCACAAUGGGAGCCAUGCGCUAUGGUACUGGGAGUAUUUGCACACUGCCUGGAUUCUCAACAGGUGGUUUGCCUUGGAGAAUAUGUUCUUCUACUCCAUCGGCAGGAAGGGAUGAAGUCCUGGGAUUCCUGCACGAGCCUCUCAGCAGUAGAUUACCAUCCUUAUUCCACAGGAAACUUUUGCAACAAUGGCGGCAAAGUCCCCUUCUUAGUGGAAGGUCUUUUUGAACCCGGAGAGUGUGUAUCGCGAUGCACGCGCGCUCACAACUGCGCCUUUGUCACGCUCUAUCGCAACGGCUGGUGCCAGUUAGGAUCUAAAUGCUUACAAGAAUCACCAGCUGGUGACAGCUCUGCCAUGACUUAUGCGAAGGUGGUGAAGUCAGUGUGCAAAGAUGAGGAAUGCUGGGGGGGUUGGGACUGACUUCUACCUGAUGAACCGCAGGCAUUGCCAUUCAGAGCCUCUGGGAGUAAUCAACGCAGGGAAUUAUAUAAGCGCGUUUGGCUGACAAACGAUGAAUAUUGUAUUUUUUCACCGAUGCACACAGAGAAAGAGAGAGAGAGAGAGAAACAUUUCAAACAAUGUGUUAGAUAAUAAUCGAAAGUAGCCACAUAAAGCAAGUCAGGGGGUUACAAGUUGCAAGUCGGCAAUUGCUUUGCGCCGAGCAUCUAGAACUCUAUGGCUCUUGGACUGGACUAUGCAGGCGUUGGAAUGUUGCACGUGCGUUUCUUGAUAUAUUUUGCUAUAUGGCUAUAUGUCAUGAACCCGAUUGGGUUUCCAGAAUAACAUGUGCUCCUGCCAGCAGGGCAAUGAUCCGCAGCCAUAGAUGUUGGAAAACACGCAGUGAAAUGCAUUCCUAUGCCUGUCAGAGUCUAAUUUGACGGGUUUAGCAGCACUCAAGCUGCACCGCGUGCUUGGCUGAACUUUCAUGCGUGCUGUGGUGUAUUUCUUGAUAAGUUCAACUGCAGGGAACCUAUUGAACCCCCGCAAUUUUGUUUCGGCACUGGAAGCCUUUCUCGAUAAUUGGGUUGCCAAAGCUUGGCUUUUGCCCAUGCCUGGGACACAUCGUUUGCGAUUUUGCUGGGUUGCAGGGGGAAGUCUGGAAUGCUGAAGCUGCUGAAGCAUCUGGUCUGGGGAGCUCGUGCAACCUGCCCUGCAGACCUUUGCGGACAGAAGGAGGUUGAACGACAUUGGACAUGCUUUUAAAAUUUGGCGUUGGAAUGGUGAACCUAUCAUUUGUCAUUUGGAAGGCAGGCGGCUUGAAGAAUAGGGUACCAAUGCUUGGAAUCUGGCGUGUUUUUUGGCGGCAAUGAGUAGUUGAUUGAAGAGGGCAUCGAGGUUUGCUUUUAGGAUUUUAGGAAGCGCCUUGGUACAGCAACCGCCAGUGAUGCUGGCUUCGAAACCUCGCAUGGAACAGUCCAUUACUGCAGCGCCAAACCUAGUGCAAAAAAUAGAAGCAUGCGAACCGCUGCCGCUGCGAACUGCAAAGCUCUUGGCCGAAACCAACUUGCGCACAGGUUCCGCACCUUCAAGCC